CGGAUGAGGAGGUUCCACCUACGUUCGUGGCUGCUGACCAUUGGGCAAUCUGAUCCAAAAAAUCCUUCCUUUCUUGGUCAACAAUUUCCUUAUUUUUUAUGACGAAAUAAAACAGAUGGGGAAAAAAUAUAAAGGAUUUUAAUAUUAUUUAAUUCAAAUUUUUAGUAAUGCGAAAGCUCGAUCACGGUGCAGGAGCCCGACCCAAACCCCAUCGAGCAUGCUUGCUAAGCCCUUCGUCGCGCUCCUCGGCCGCCGCCUCCUCCCGUCCCUUCCUCUUCUCCGGGCCUUUCACUCUAAUCUCCACGCGUGCGUUUCCCUGCUUCAGCUCUGUGCCGCCCGCCGCGACCUCACCAGGUCCAGAGAGCUCCAUGCCCACCUCCUCACCACCGGCCUCCACUCCUCCCGGUUCGCCAUCUCCGCUCUCAUCUCCCUCUACUCCAAGUGCGCCCGACCUGUCGAGGCUCUCUCUGUCUUCCUCUCCGAUCGAACCCCAACCCCCGACCUCUUCGUCUGGAAUGCCGCCCUCUCUGCCCUCGCCUCCAACGGCCUCCCUGCUGACGCCCUCCGCCUCUUCCGCCGCCUCUUCUCGGAAGUCGGCCUUUCCCCGGAUGAGUUCACCUUCCCUUGCGCUAUCAAAGCCUGCUCCGAUCUCGGUGAUUCCGACGUGCUCCAGGAAAUUCACGCCGCGCUGUUCAAGGUCGGGUUUUCAGAUGAGAUGUUCGCUGCUAGCGCUUUGGUCCAUGCUUACUUGAAAAUGGGGCUUUUGAACGAGGCGGAACAGGUGUUCGAUGUAUUGCCGCAGAGGGAUGUCGUCCUCUGGAAUUCCAUGGUGAACGGCUUUGCGCAUUUGUGCCAGUUUGCUCGCUCUUUGGAUUACUUCCGCCGGAUGAUAAACGAAGGUGUCAUCCCGAGCAAGUACACAGUUACCGGCAUUCUCUCUGUGUUCACCGCAUGGGCUGAUCUCAGAAAUGGCAAAAAGAUUCAUGCUUUCGUGUUAAAGACGAGAUAUGAUAAUGAGAUUUCUGUCUCAAACUCCCUCAUAAACCUCUACGGUAAGUGCCACUUGCUGGAGGAUGCAGAGCGGAUCUUCGAGUCAAUGCAGGAGAAGGAUGUGGUCUCAUGGAACUCAAUGAUUUCUGCCUACCAGUACUCCGCCCACCACUCAAAGACUCUCCAGCUUUUUUGUCAGAUGAGACGCAAUGGGAUAAUGCUGGAUGCUAUCACAGUUGCUGCCGUCCUUCCAGCUUGCUCUCACUUGGCAGCUCUAAGGCUUGGGAGAGAGAUACAUGGACUUGUCAUUACAAGCAGCAUGAGUGCUAAAGAUGUAUUUGUGGUGAAUGCCUUGAUGGAUAUGUACGCAAAAUGUGGUACUUUGGAGGAAGCAAGACUCGUGUUUGAUAGAAUGCUAGAACCCAAUGUGACCUCAUGGAAUAUUAUGAUUGACGCAUAUGGUAUUCAUGGUCUGGGUGCAGAGGCUGUUGAUUUAUUUGAGCAGAUGGUGGGAGUAGGCCUGACCCCUGAUGAGAUAACAUUCGUUGGUGUGUUAUCAGCAUGCAGCCAUGCUGGGUUAGUGGAAACAGGAAAAGAAUUGCUUCAUCGAAUGGAGUCAGAAUUUGGAUUAACACCUGCAAUGGAACACUAUUCGUCUGUAGCAGACAUGUUGGGUCGAGCCGGCUUUCUCGAGGAGGCAAAGGGGGUUGCAGAGAAGGCAGGAGUGAGAGGUGCUGGUGUUUGGAGGGCAUAUUUAGCUGCAUGUCGAAUGCAUGGGGAAGCAGGACAAGCAGUAGAGGCAGCAGAGAGAGUCGUGGAAAUGGAACCUCAAGGAAGUGGGAGUUAUGUGCUUAUGGCAAGUGCUUAUGGUGGCGCUGGAAAAUUCAAUGAGUUAGCAGAAGUAAGGAGCCAAAUGAGUCAAAAAGGGGUAAGGAAAGCCCCUGGGUGCAGCUGGGUGGAGGUGGCAGGAGCAAGAUUGCAUGCAUUCGUUGCAGGUGACCAGAAUCACCCAGAGGCAGAGGAGAUCUACACAGCACUGCAUGGUCUGUUUGGUUGGAUGAGGGAGGAGUUGGGGCAUUCUACAGAGGUGAUUGCAUUUCAUGGGGAGUGAUUUUUACUAUUUAGCUUUUUUUCUUGAAUCUGUUGGUAGUUCCCGAAGAGGCAGUCAACCUGAGAAACUGAAUACCUGAUACCUAGUCCUCACAGAGCUCAAUGAGGUUCUGAUGUUUCCAACGAGGGUUGUUGACCGCUGUGGUUGUUAAAAUCAGGAUCAAGAUCACCAUCAAAUGGCUUCUCAUUUCCAAGUGAAUUUUCUCAUCAAUCUCACUCCAAAUGUGCUAGCUGACAUGGUUUGCUGAUCGAGUGUGAGAUGUGGAUCAAAGUCCCACCAUUUCAUGAACAUGCACAAGAAAGGUACCAGCCAUCAACUAGGAUGUAGAAGGAAAGCAAAUGUCAGAAUUGCAUUUGGUGGACCUUGGCCAUAAUUUCAUUUGCUUCUAUGAUCUAGUAGAGGAACAUCUCCAGUUUUACCGAGAAUAAACAGUCCUGUGGAGUAUCAAAGUAAAUCAGAACAAACAAAGUAUGAAUUCAUGCGGCAGUCAUUUUUUCUAUUAAAUGGUUGAGCAAAUGAAUCUACACUACCAAUAAUGUUCAAUCUGAUAAGAAACGCAGCACUGGCUGCUGUCUCUGGUGGCCAUACCACAUCUUAAGCUAUUAGCACCUCCAUUGGCAAAUAUUCCUCCAGUUGCAAGGGAUCAGUCUUCCACCAUUUCUCUUUUUUCAUCGACAGCCACUACUGCAGCUACAUUUUACUACUGCAUUUGUUGAUGUUUUGUUCAGUUUUAAUUAUUCUUUUGCCUAUGUUAUACUCAGCAAGCUCAACAACAAGAUCAUGUCGCUGGAUAUGCCAUGGACAAAAAUAAGGAAUUAUUUUGUUUACUGACAUCGAUUUAUGUUGAUCUUCAAAAGUUUCUGAUUAAUGGAUG